CAGCAAUAUAUUUAAAAUCUUAGACCAAGAAAGAUAAAUUUAUUUUGCUUACUUUAGUGAAAGGAAAAGAAGACGGUAAAAAUGCAGUGUUUCUUUGUAUUCCUUCUCCUGACUUUCUUGGUAUGUUCAAGUCCCGUUCUGAUGAUAUGCCAACAUGAAUGCCGCGAUGAUGAGUGUUGCUAUGGAACAGGCUAUAUGGGAGGCUGCAAACGGCUGGCAGGAAAUGGGGACUUCUGUGAACGAAAAAACAAGGUCAACGAUUAUAGACAGUACUGUCCAUGCCAAGAUGGAUUAUUUUGUAACGUCAUAGGUAGAUGCCAGGCAUAUGAAUAAAAAACAGCAAGGCAUGAAACAUAGUCCUUUGUAAUGUUUAUGUGUUGCCAAACACUGGAACUUUCAAAAUGCAUCUAUCUAAAAUAAAACUACGGAAGUUUGUAUUUGAAUUUUUUUAACGACGUGAUACAAGAAAAACACAAAUAAACCCUUAAUUAAAUUUA